UCAACACUCCUGCCCAGAUCCAUCCAUCCAUCCACCCAUCACCGCUGCUUGUGCUUGCCUCCAACGGUGGAACACCUCUUGCUCUUCACCAUCUCGACUAGCAAGCAGCGUCUCACUUCGCUUUGGAUGCUUGUGAUUAGUGGAGAGUGAUUAGGAAGAAAAACGGCUGGUUUGACGGCGGCCGUAACCAUAAAGGCAGAGGAGGAGGUUUUCGAAUUCGCGAAUCUUUUCCUGGGCUCACGCAAGGCUACAAAUCCCCUGCUUGUCCUGUUGCGCCCGCCGCCGCUGGAUAUCGAGAGAGGGGGCCGCCAUAGGAAGGAGAUAAGAAUUGGCAGAAAGGCGGAGAAGGAGCACAAGGGAAGAAAGGGGAAUAGAAAGGCGAGGCCAGCUUUCCCCUCGGCUCAAAAUCUCUCUGGAUUCUCUGGAAAGUUCUUGCUUUUCGAGACCAGCGGCCUGAGCUUCUGAAUUCAGGCAACUUCCUUGACGCAAGCUCUCGCGAAUCUUUAGAAUGAAGCUCCCAUCCCAUCAGCCGUUGUUCCUCGGCGUUCCUCUGCUUGUCUCUGUCGUGACAAUUGUGGGAUAGUAAAAGAGGAAUCGGUAAAGGUCUGCUAUUUGAUUCCUCAAGAUUUGCCUCUGAAUCUUCCCAGGGGCCACACAAAUCUGAAUCUCGCCCAUGGAGACCCUUGCUGCAUGACACUCCAUCCGAGUCUAGCGUGAGACACUAGAAGCAGCAAAGGCGCCCUCUUUCCUGAGCAGUCCUCAGGAAAAGUUGCCAUUUUUUUCCCUUUCUGAAGAAGAAAAGGUUGCGAACUUUGAGUGCUGCUCUGCCCGUUGGUUUUCUUUGCGGCAGUCUGGUCGGAGUUGGUCGUUCGCGUGACGUUGCUGAUCCAAUGGGGGAGACGAACCAGCCGCCGCCGCCGCCGCCGGUGGCCGCUCCGCCGUCCAUGAUGCCGAUGCCCAUGAUGGCGCCGGCCGUCGGCGCCGGCGCCAUCCACCCACCUCACGAGCAGUUCCACCAUCUCGCCUACUGCGUCCACUCCAAUCCGUCUUGGGUCCAGGUGGCAGCACUGGCAUUCCUUCACUAUCUUGUGAUGUUGGGCUCUACUGUUAUGCUUGCAUCAACUAUUGUUCCUGCAAUGGGCGGUAACGCUGGGGAUAAGGCUCGAGUUAUUCAAUCAUUCCUAUUUAUGAGUGGUAUCAAUACAAUGCUGCAAACACUUAUUGGAACGAGACUUCCAACAAUUAUGAAUGCCUCCUUUGCAUUUGUUGUCCCCGUGCUGUCAAUUGCCAGAGACAUAGAUUCAAAUGACUUCACAAAUAAUCACCAGAGAUUUCUCCACACGAUGAGAACUACGCAAGGAGCUCUGAUUGUUGCUUCCAUCCUCAACAUGAUUCUUGGGUUCAGCACAAUAUGGGGGGCAUAUGCUAAGAAAUUCAGUCCUGUAAUAAUGACCCCUGUUGUUUGUGUUGUUGGUCUUGGACUAUUUGAACUUGGUUUUCCCCAGGUUGGUAAAUGUGUGGAAAUUGGGUUGCCAAUGCUAAUUCUUGCGGUGAUCGUGCAGCAGUAUGUGCCACGUUACUUCAGUCAUAUCCAUGAGCGGAUCACAUACUUGUUUGAGAGGUAUUCGUUGCUUCUUUGUAUUGGCAUUGUGUGGGCCUUUGCAGCUAUCCUUACUGCUGCGGGUGCAUACAAUCAUGUUUCACCUAAGACGCAGCAGCAUUGCCGUACUGAUAAGUCUUUCCUGAUGUCAUCGGCACCGUGGAUUAAAAUUCCAUACCCUUUCCAAUGGGGUACACCAAUCUUCACUGCUGGUCAUUCAUUUGGGAUGAUGGGUGCUGUACUUGUUGGAGCCUUUGAGUCAACUGGAGCACACUUUGCAACUGCACGUCUAGCGGGUGCUACACCACCUCCAGGUCAUGUCCUUAGUCGAAGUGUUGGCUUGCAGGGUAUUGGGAUGUUCCUGGAGGGGAUCUUUGGUGCUCCAGCAGGUUCAUCUGUAUCAGUUGAAAACAUUGGCCUCCUUGGGCUGACCAAAAUCGGAAGUAGGAGAGUGAUCCAGAUAUCAACUGGAUUUAUGAUAUUUUUCUCCAUAUUUGGGAAGUUUGGGGCCUUCUUUGCAUCAAUUCCACUGCCAAUCUUCGCAGCAAUUUACUGCAUCUUGUUUGGCAUCGUAGCUGCUGUGGGAGUCUCAUUCAUGCAGUUUGCCAACAAGAACUCGAUGAGGAACAUCUACAUCAUUGGACUCUCGUUGUUCCUUGGUAUCUCAGCCCCUCAAUACUUCAAUGAAUAUACUUCUUCUGCUGGCCGUGGACCUGCCCGAACAAAUGCUGGAUGGUUCAAUGACAUUAUAAACACCGUGUUUGCUUCUGGCCCAACGGUGGCGCUGAUUGUUGCCUCUGUUCUGGAUAACACAUUGGAGGCCAGGGGCAACGACUCUGACCGAGGGCUCUCAUGGUUCACGCCAUUCCUGCGCCGUCACAAAGGUUACUCGGACCCAAGAAACGAUGAGUUCUACAGUUUCCCAAUCAGGGUUCACGACUUCAUCCCGAGUCGGUUCCUCUGACUUUCUCAUGAGCGCUGUUACUGUGCAUGUAAAUGUCUUUGUUCUUGGUAGUCUUACUCCUAUGACCUGUAGUGAUUGGUUCUUACAUUCUAGUGGGAUAUGGGUACAAGAAUAUUUAGGGAAUUUGCUUUAUUUACCCCUUCUGCGCUAAGAAAUGGUUACAUGACAAUGUAGGGCUGUGUGCCCAGGCGUAUGGUUUUGGGAAGGAUUACAGAAGAAUAGCACCUUACUUAUUGAUGACUUCCAGUUAACUGCAUUGGUUUAGUUUUACGCA